ACUUACGGCGGAAGUGGCCUCUUUACCGCUAGUGCCGCGGAAGAUGCUGCGUUCGGUGUGGCUGUGGCUGGGUCUGGGCCUGUGCAGCCUCUUGCUGGGGCAGGCGAAGGCCCCAAGCCCAGUGGAGCCGUCGGAGCGGAGCCGGCCGUAUGCGGUGCUGCGCGGACAGAACCUAGUGUUGAUGGGAACCAUUUUCAGCAUCCUGCUGGUGACCGUCAUCCUUAUGGCAUUUUGUGUCUACAAGCCCAUUCGGCGUCGAUAACAGCCAAGCAAGCAAGUUCCGCCACAAGCUUUUGGGAACAGGAUAAGUUGUGUUGCACAUGGGCCAAUGGAGAAGUUGGAAUCAGAACUUUUCUAUUUGGAAAUGACCUUUGGUCAUUUGUUAAAAGCUAAAUGGUUUAGAAAAAAAAUCUACUAGUGAUUUUUUUUUCCCCUAACAUCCUAAUGCAAGUAAUUUGGCUGCUGAGCUGCUUCUUGAUGUUUCUUUUUAUGUCUGACUGUACUUGUAAAAGACCUGAUGCUCCAAGGUUCAGGGCAAAGAUGGAGUAUUCACAAGAAAGAAAACAUGGUAACCCUGUACCCAUAAGAACCACACUGGAAAGGACUACCAUUAAUGCUUGAAAUAGUAGUAAGAGGAAGGCUUAACCUGUAGAGACACUGCCUGCACUAGAGCCAUCUGCUCACAGCAGAUUAAGAAUCACAAUUUUCAUUAUACUGAGUUGACUUAGAAUGCCCUGGUUGCAAAGCAGUGUCCACUGUAGGGAACUUGAGCCUGUGACUCUCUACCUGCAUCCAACUCUGUAUGUGGAUGUCCCCCAAUGAAGUCAGGGUCGCAUCAGGUAGGCCUAUUACUGUAUGCACCCUUGGCAUAGAAAGCUCUGGGAUUGAACUGGAAGUGUUUAGGUGGCCCCUCAGGAAAAGAACUCCAUCCUGUUCAGACACAGUGAUCCCUUUGUUUAGUACUUAAGUCUUUCCAGCCCUAAAACUUGUGUUAGCUUUUCAGAUGGGGAACCGAGACUCAGCAGGAACCCUGUUCAGCCCUGGGUAUGGGGGGGCUCAACCAAGAAGUACAUUUCCACUGUGGGCUGCUGUGUGUUUACAUAAAUUCAAUCUCAGUUUUGAAAAUGCUGAGAUUAGUUAGUUUGCACUGCUGGUAAACUGGAUUUUUUACCCCUAUUGAAAUGAUACUUCCACACUUAUAGACUGGUUAUUAGUAUUUAUUUUAAAGGUGCUAGAUUUAAUUUUGUUAUGAAGUUGAAAUGCUUAUCUUGUGCUUUAUUUAGCACAGCACUGAUAUUUUCUUUUCUCAACAACCUGCACUUAAUGUGAAAUAACUGAUGAGGCAUACUGUAACAAUGUGACCUAAGGACUUUGUUUAACCUUGUAACAUUGAACCAUUGAGAUGUUCUUCGUUCUGUACUUUUGAGCAAACUGUCAAUUAAAAUGAAAGCCAAACCCUA